AUGCACCUUCUGGUUCUUGUUCUCACCUGGGUGGGGGUAGUUGAAGGUGGGAGGGUGAACAGCAACUGUCCAGCUGUGUGCAGGUGUGAAGGUGUCGGGAUGCUGCAGCGUGUCGACUGUGUGGACGUCGGCCUGAGAUCAGUGCCCUCCAACCUGAGCAGCUUCACCUCCUCUCUAGAUGUGAGUAUGAACCAGCUGUCGGAGCUUCCUGCCCACGUCUUCAGCAGCCUCCACCACCUCCAUGAGCUCCGGCUGGCAGGAAACACUUUGACAAAGAUCUCCAGAGAUGUUUUCACAGGACUUGUUGGUCUGAAGCUGCUAACUCUGCAGAACAAUCAUCUGAAGACGGUUCCCUCUGAAGCUUUAGAGAACCUGAAGAACCUGCACUCUCUACGUCUGGAUGCUAACUUCAUCUCCCGCCUGCCGGCCUCCUCCUUUAAAGGCCUGGCAUCUCUGCGUUACCUGUGGCUGGAUGAUAACAUACUGACGGAGGUUCCUGUUCUCACUCUGAGUGCUCUGACGGAGCUUCAGGCUCUGACUCUCGCCCUCAACAACAUCAGCUACAUCCCCGACCGAGCGUUUGCCUCCCUCAGCCAGCUGCUGGUGCUACAUCUCCGUGACAACUGCAUCCACUCUUUGGGCCGGAGGAGUUUUGAUGGACUGCACAACCUGCAGAUGCUAGAUCUGAGCUUCAACAGGAUCAACAGUUUUCCUGCAGCCAUCAAAUGUCUGAGCAACCUGAGAGACCUGAAUCUUCAGAACAACAACAUCCGAGUCAUCCCAGAAAACGCCUUCUCUGGAAAUCCUUCCAUCGAGACCAUAAACAUCCAGAACAAUCCUCUUCACACGGUGGGACACUUGUCCUUCCAGCUGCUGCCGGAGCUCCAGACGCUGUCUCUGAGUGGAGGCAGCAUCACAAAGUUCCCAGACUUCACUGGCACCAACAGACUGGAAACUCUCUCCAUCACAGGCAGCCACAUCUCCACCGUACCUGACACCAUCUGUGAGGAGCUGCCCAACCUGCGCAAACUUGAUUUGUCCCAUAACCUGAUCCAGAAUCUGCCCAGCUUCAGCAGCUGCACAAAGAUACAAAACAUAGAUCUGUCCUCCAACUGGCUCUCCUCCGUCUCUCUGAUGAGUCUGCAGAGUCUCACACACCUGAAACUGUCUGGACACCAGCAGCUGAGAGUCUCCCACCAACACAGAAUGUCCGAGCUUCCUGUUUCCUUCCAUCUCUGUGUGUUUGUUCGCUGUGAAACGUCGAGCAGCUCGAACUCUGUCGACAGCAGCAGUCCGUCCGCAUGCUGUCUGGACUCGUCUCUUUGGCUGCUUCACUUCAGUGUCUCCUUCAUCUUCAUCGUCUCCAUCGUCUUCAACCUGCUGGUCCUCCUCUCGCUCCUCCUCUCCUCAGAUCCCCCUCCUCCCUCCUCCCAGCACGCCCUCGCUCUUCUCUUCUGGUUUCGGCUCGUCGCAGGUCUCUCUGGUUCCAGCAUCAUCAACACAAACUGUUUCUGUGGAUCCAGCCUGGACACUGAUCCAGGAUCUGGACUCAGGAUCUUCCUCUUCUGUCUCUCCUCUGAGAUCUGUAUCUUCAUCAUGAUGGCCGUCGUUUUUAAGAACAGAACCUGGACAAAGAGCUGCGCUCAGAUCAGCUGUGCAGUCAUCUACAGCUUCACUCUGAUGGUUUUACUUCUAAUUGUUAUGUAGGAGAUCAACUUCUGUUCUCCCUGUUUCCUCUUCAGACACUCAGCUCUGACGCUGUUUAACACUUCCAGUUUCCUGUUUAUGAUCGUCACCCAUGUAACCCGUCGCCGCCAUCAGGAGGAAGUGACGUUAAACCAGAGAGGAGUCCAUGUUGCUUUAACCUCCCUCCUCCUCACAAACACCACGCUCCUCCUCUCUGCCUCGCCUCUCUGCUCAGUCCGGAUGUUUCCACAGCGUUCAUCAUCAUCAUGUCUCUCCCCUCCUGUCUGGAUCCCUUGCUCUACAUCAUCCUCAGUCCAGGUUUCAGUUUCCUCCUGCAUACGUCACAGAAAACUGAUCAGAGAUCAGAGAAAUCAUCCCGUCAGUCAACACAAACCUUCGUCUCUGUUUCACUGUAAAAAACUACAGAUCGAGAGGUGAAGCCUCGCUGAGUUACGCUGAUGACCUUGUUCUUCUGUCUCCUUCUGAACAAGAACGACAGCAACAGCUGGACAUAGUAAUAAAUAUGUGCCGUGAACGCACUAAAAGAAAAAGCUCAAAGAGCUCUAAAUGCAAUUAAGAGAAAAUUUUAUAAUUUCCAAAUUCCAGUUAAAAUGUGUUUUAAAAUAUCUGAUAGUGUCAUCCGGCCCACUGCGCUGUCUGGUGGUGAGUCUGGGGUCCACUCAGUCACCAGAGCUUCACCCGCCGGGACAAACGUCCAGCAGAGUCUCUACAUGCAGGACUCUGCAGAUACAUUUCACACAGAAAAACACCAACAUGUGGAGCAGAAUCAGGCAGAGACCCGCUGAUCUUAACAUUCAACAGAGAGCGCUCACAUGUUUUAAUCACCUUAAAUCCAGAAGCCCUCCAAACCCAAGAGCUGAGCCCAGAACAGAGUCCCCUAUCGCAGCUGGUGCUGAGACUAACUGCCCCUCCUCAGACACUCGGACCAGUCUCACAGCAGCACUGCUUUCCAAACACCAAUCAGAGGAAACCAAAUUACAACACGACAUAAAGAAACCUGAAUCUGGAUCACUGGACAGAAGAAACUAAAAGCCAAAGCAGAUCAGAAAGUUAUCUGGACCUGAAGAGAUGAUGAACUGGCAGAAUCUGUCUCUGCUGUCAGAGACAGGAAGCAGAGACAGAUCCUGACCAAGUACAGGCUCAGUGUCCACAGACUGGCAUCGAAACAGGAAGACACA